AUGGGCAUAGUAUAUAAAAGGUCCAAUUGCAUUACUAAAAAUCUAGAAAGAUUACUACUAGAAGAUGAAUUGUUGGAUUUUACUGUAGAAGUUGAAGAUGUUAAGGUUCGGUGUCACCGAGUUGUUCUGGCUACGUCUUCAGAUUUCUUUAGAGCACUCUUACGAUGUGAAAUGAGGGAAGCAAAUGAUGGAUGUGUUACACUAAAUGGAAUAUCAGAACAAACAUUUCAACAUAUUUUAAUGUCAAUUUAUUCCGGAACAGUUGUUUUAACGUUGGAAAAUGUUAUAGACUUGUGGAAAGCGGUGGAUCAGCUACAGAUAGAAUUUAUGAUAGCAGAUUGUGAAAAAAUUGCAUUAAAAGUAAUGUCAGAAGACAACCUUGUGAACAUAUGGAAGUUGGCGGACAAGUUACAGUUUGAAGGUUAUUUUCACGACAUACAGUACUGGGGCAAUAAUUCUCCCUGUUCUAAUUUUAUUCCAGUUGUUCUCCCAAAAAAUAUUAUGUUGCCAAUUGAAAAGAAAUAA